AUGGAUUCGCUGGAGACCCUCGCAUUUGCCGACCUCGAACUCAUCAAAUUCCAACUUGACACCUUUCGCCAACGCAUAAUCGCUCUCCAAAACUCUCGCUCGCCUCUCUUUCGCCUACCUGGUGAACUACGUAACAAGAUCUUCUUGUUUGCCAUGUAUGCCGAGCUUCUCCAACGAAAAUGCAAUCUGGCCAGACAUGCGGGUGGACAGCUCUAUAAAACGCCUUCGCUGUUCCACGUGAGUCGACAGAUCCACUCCGAAAGUAUUGGUGUCUGGUUGAAGGACGUACUGGUCUGGGAGGAGUUUGACUCAGAGAAGCAUUUGUGGCGGAGACUCAGCAUGAAUGAAAUCGGGGAGAUCUCUCGUGCGAGGACCUCGUUUGGGGAUCCAGGAAUCGUUACGAAGUUGGCGCAUUGCGAUCUGUGUCGUACGAGAGAGGCUGUCGAGGCAAGUCGGAGUAUUUGUGCGCGGAAAGGCUUGGUCAGAGUGGACUUUGGGCAAGGCGAGAACGAGGUUAUUGGGUUUCCUAAGCUCAGGUGGUGGGUUUGGUGA